AGUGUGGUGGGAGGAGUUGCUGUGUUGUCAGCAGAGCUGAGAGGCAGAGCCUGGCUGGCAUCUGGCUCUCACUUUGAUCAGAGGGUUUAUUGCAAACGGUGGCAACUCUGGAACAGCUGGAGCUCCUGCUGUUUGGUUAAACCUUGCCAGUGUUUUGAAACUUUUUUUUAUCUCCUUUCUCUUUCCUAGCCCUGAGUUGGAGCUGAGCGAGUUAGCAGCAGCAUGGACAGCCCGGGCUUUGACAACCUGGACGCCGCUGGAUUCCUUGAAACCUGGCAACGCUUUGAUGCUGAUGAUAAUGGAUACAUUGAAGGCAAAGAGCUGGAUGAUUUUUUCCUGCACCUCCUGAAGAAACUCGGUACUGAGGAUGACCUGAGUGCAGGGAAGGUGCAGAAAAUAAAGGAGCGUUUUAUGUCCGUCUAUGACGUCACUGCCGAUGGAAGACUACAGAUACAGGAGUUGGCAAACAUGAUCCUACCAGAGGAUGAGCACUUCCUUCUGCUCUUCCGCCGAGAGACUCCAUUGGAUAAUAGCGUGGAGUUUAUGCGGUUUUGGCGUAAAUAUGAUGCAGACAGCAGUGGAUAUAUUUCAGCUUCUGAACUCCGGAACUUCCUGCGAGACCUGUUCAUUCAGCACAAGAAGGUGAUUGCAGAGCCCAAGUUGGAUGAGUACACGGAUACAAUGAUGAAAUUCUUUGACAGAAACAAAAAUGGCCGCCUGGACCUCAAUGACUUGGCGAGGAUUCUGUCAUUGGAAGAGAAUUUCCUCUUACAAUUCAAAAUGGACGCCUGCAGUGUGGAGGACAGGCGUCGCGAUUUUGAGGAGAUUUUCAAACAUUAUGACGUGAGUAAAACGGGAGCCCUGGAGGGCCCUGAGGUAGAUGGAUUUGUAAAGGAUAUGAUGGAACUGGUGAAGCCAUCUAUACGUGGGGUUGAUCUUGACAAAUUACGUGAAAUUCUACUGCGUCACUGUGAUGUGAACCAGGAUGGGAAAAUCCAGAAGUCUGAGCUUGCCUUGUGUCUUGGAUUGAAACUAAACCAAUGAGCUGACAGUGCAGCGAAACCACCUUGUCUUUCUUCACAAAUUAAUACAACUUUUACUAUUAACCUAGUUACUAAUGCAUUGAUACUAGCAGUGUAACCCAAGGCCUUUGAAGUACCAGAGUGAUGUCUGGUAAUUGGGUUGGCAAAGAGGCAUUUGAUUUGCAUGUCUAGAUUCACUAAUGGGUUUGUCAGCCCUGAUGUAAAACAUAAUCUGAAAUGCUAAAAUUAUGAGAACGUUGUUAUGCAAGGAUCUAGGUCCAUUUGUGCAGUUUACAAAUCCAGUUGCAAAUAAAUAUUAUUCAGCAAUGUAUGUGCACCUUGACAUAAAGGUUACGUACCAUUGAAUUUUGUUGCUUUGAGCAUUAUGACUAUGAAUAAAGAGGCAUGGUGCUUUAGGUCAGGUAAAUCUUGUUCUUUAUGAAAUACUAAAUAGAUUUUUUAGAAAAUCUUGCACCAUGUCUCUUGAGACACCAGUAAUCUUGCUGUUGCAACAAAGAACCCAGGAUCUGCAUCUAGUUGUAAACAAGUUAAAGAAGCUCUAGGUACUGUAGUUACUGCACACCAAUAGCAUUCAGACAUCACCACAGUACUGGUUUCAAGUGUGCUUUCUUCAAAGGUUUUUAGCAUUUCAGAAAAUACACUACCAGAAUAAUUAACUGAAUAAUUUUAUUAUUAUUGUUAUUAAACAAAACAAUUUUGCAUGUUACGUUUAUUGGACUGUUGUAUUAUAUUACUUGAAGAUACUGAAUGUAACGAUUAGAGCUGGUUGUGAAGUGGCUUCGAAAAAAAAAUAAAGAUGCUGGUAAUGUUGGUUAAGUCAAA